CAUGCUCUGUGAGGCUUAGGCACGCAGCCGCGCCCAGAUUCCAUGCUGAGCUGGAAUAAGUGUGUGUGUGUCUGUGUAUGUUAAUAAUGACUUAUAUAAUCAAUCAGGUGGAGCAGCAGCUAUGCUACCCGGGCUCCAACACCUCGUGCCCUAGGGCCGAGUUCCAUCUGGGCGCCCAGGUCGCUCUGUACACGCUGUUUGUGUUGGGCAUGCUGGUCACGGUGGUUGGAAACGCCAUUGUAGUCGUGUCCAUAGCUCAUUUCAAGCAGCUGCACACCCCCACCAACGUGCUGGUGCUCUCCUUGGCUCUGGCCGACCUGCUGCUGGGGGUGACCGUGAUGCCGUUCAGCACAUUGCGCGCCGUCCAGGGAUGCUGGUUCUACGGGGACACCUUCUGCCUUCUCCACUCCGCCUUCGACAUGUUCCUCACCUGCAACUCCAUCUUCCACCUCAUCUGCAUCGCGGUCGACCGCCACGAGGCCGUGUGCAAGCCCCUGCACUACUCCCGCAACAUCACCAUGACCGUGGCCUGGCUCAUGGUGUCUGCCAGCUGGGCCCUGGCCGCCCUCUACUCCUACUGCCUGAUAUACUCCAAGGCAAACAUCCGAGGUCUGGAAGAUUACCUGGCAUCCAUAUACUGCCUGGGCAGCUGUAACCUGCUGUUUAACAAGCUGUGGGGGACACUGGACACCAUCAUUGCAUUCUUCUUCCCAUGCACCGUCAUGGUGGGCUUGUACGCAAAGAUCUUCCUCGUGGCCAGAGAGCACGCGAGGAAGAUUGACGACAUGGGGGGUCACGGCGGGACGUUGAAUGGUAAAGGCGCAGGCGGGCAGACCAAGCGUUCAGAGCACAAAGCGGCCAAGACUCUGGGUAUUGUGGUCGGAGCGUUUAUCUUUUGCUGGAUGCCGUUCUUUCUGAACUCGAUCGCCGAUGCCUACACAGGUUUUAGCACGCCUGCGGUCAUCUUCGAGGUGUUUGUUUGGCUGGGUUACUUCAACUCAACCCUAAACCCUGCUAUUUAUGCCCUCAAUUAUCCCUGGUUCAGGAAAACCUCUCGCCUUAUUUUCACCCUGAAAAUAUUCACCAGUGACUGCUCGUCCAUCAAUGUGACUGUGAAUUGAAUGUUAGGGUUUUGAUAAUCUGUCUGCUGAAAUAUACAUUUUUGCAGCAUGUUUGCUUGUAGAUCCAGAGACUUUACUUACCUGUUUAUAUUCAAUGUGCAAGGAUGCCUUUCAUCCAUGCCCGAGAGAAAAAUCACAUUGGGCGUCUCGUCCCUUUGGUGGGACUGAAAUAUUUUUGUCAGUUCUUAGGAAGGGACAGCUUCUAUUCACUCAGAUAAUAUAUACAACACAUUCAUUAUUCCCUGUAACCCUUACUAUUAGAUAAGAUUAGUUGAAUAUAUGUCCGAUAAUUUCUCAAGGGAACUGCUAUUUAAAUAACACUUUUGUCAUGAGGCAAAGAUUGAGAGCACGUGUUGGGAGAAUGGAAAUUAAUCAAUUUCGCAGAUGUUAAACAUUUUGGGGAAAAACAUAAACACUGAGAAAUAGAAUACCUUUUUUUCAUGAAAAUAAUCUUGAAU